AUGGACUCACCAGGCUCUCCAACCCGCGCUGCGGCAACGCCGACGCACGAACCCAAGCUCUCCAAGGAUGCCACACCCGACCUGUACAAGACGAGCUCGCUGCGCGAAGUCGACUCGUCCGACUUCCCCGAGCUCGCCGAGCCAUUCUGGAGCAAGUUCAUCCCGCCCGUCUACAGCGAAAAGCGAGUGCUCAAACUCACCGCGUUUCAGAUGACGUGGGCCGUUCAGAUGGUGGCGGGUAUCGCCGUGAUGUUUUUCGGCUUCGACCAGGGAGUCAUGUCCGGCGUCAACGAGUCCAAGGACUACCUAAGGCUUAUGCGCACCGAUUCCGGCGUCAAUGGCUCGCAGACCGAACGCGAUAGUGCAGCCAUCGGCGGCAUCGUGGCCAUCUACUACCUCGGCACUUUGAUCGGCGGCCUCGGCGGUGGAUACAUCGCCGACAGCGUCGGACGCAUGAAGGCCAUCCUCUUCGGCUCGGUCUGGGUCGUUCUCGGCGCUUCCCUUCAGGCUUCCGCCCAGAACAUCACCUGGAUGAUGUUCGCCCGAGUGAUCUGCGGAUUCGGGACAGGAACGUACAAUGCGGUGGUGCCCGUUUGGGUAGCGGAGCUCUCGAAACAUGACAAGCGUGGGCAAGCAAUCGGUUUCGAGUUCGUAUGCAACAUCUUUGGGUUGAUGUUGGUGUACUGGCUAUCGUUUGGCGUCCGAAAUAUCGAGACGAACGGCUUCAACUGGCGAUUCCCGCUCGCUUUCCAGCUCGUCUUCGUGGCGAUGCUCCUCGUCGCCCUGCCCUUCUUCCCCGAGUCUCCUCGUUGGCUCGCCAAAAUGGGAAGGGUGGAUGAAGCCAAGCGCAUCCUUACCAGGCUUCGCUCUCACCCGUACAACGAAAAUGACCCCGCCGUGACCGCCGAGCUCCAGGAAAUUCUCCAGGUCGCAAAACUCGAGCGAAUCCGCAUGGAGAAGGGCGAAGACGGCUUCAUCAGCCAGCUCGUCUCGUCUAGCGGCAAGCUCCACCUUCGUCGCAGGAUCAUCCUUGUGGUCUGGCUCCAGAUUCUUCAGGAGUUGGCCGGAAUCGGAGUCGUCACCGUCUAUGCUCCCACGGUCUUCCGCUCCGGAGGUUUUGGCGAUACUCUUGCUCGACUUCUCUCCGGAUUCAACGAUGUAUCCUACAUGUUCGCGGUCUUCAUUUCGGUAUUUACGCUGGACCGCACCGGUCGACGCAAAGCGCUGUACUGGGGCAACAUCAUCAUGGGCAUCAGUCUGUUUAUCGCUGGUGUCGCAGCGAAGUACGCGCUCGAGUAUGGCCCGGAGUCGGUCAGUCCGGAUCUGGCCCUCGCCAAACGAUGGGGCGCUGUUCUGGCUUCGAUGAUCUUUAUCUACACGGCCGCCUUCGCCGCUGGCUGGCUGGCGAUUCCCUGGCUGUACCCGACCGAGGUGUUUCCGCUCUUCAUCAGGGCCAAAGGCGGUAGCUGGUCCGUCUUUGGAUGGAGCAUCGGCAACGGAGUAGUCACCGAGAUCACGCCAUUCUUGUUCAACGCCAUCAAGUACAACACCUUCUUCCUGUUCGGCGCGCUCAACUUCUUUUGCAUGCCGUUCAUCUGGGCCUUCUACCCAGAGACGAGCUGCCGAUCACUAGAGUCGAUCGAUGAGCUCUUUGAGGGCAGCUCGGCUUUCAUUGCCUUCGACAAACGUCUAACCUCGGUUGGCUCGCAGAAGGUCGCAGACGAGACGAGCGCAUAA